UUCUAUUUCAUGAUUGAGCGUAUUUUAGAAACGAACGAUACCAUUGCCAAAGUCUUAUUAUCAACGACAAAUGCACCGCAGCCAUUUACUGCUAAGGAAAUACUUGCGCUAAAAGAUAUUGAAAAGGUAUUGGCUUUCUUUCAGCAAGCAAGUGAGAAAAUUUCUGGUGGAAAGUAUGUAACCAUAUCGCUAAUUAUACCCAUGGCAUAUGGACUUUUCCGCAAAAUCGAUAGUGUUUCACCUCUGCUACAAACUUUGCAAGGAAAAACUAUGACAAAAAUAUUAAUGGAGUCAAUAAAGAAACGCCUUUCCAUAUAUGAGCAAAGGACAGUCUGCAUGAUGGCUACGCUAUUGGAUCCACGCUUUAAAAAAAAUGGAUUUCAACACAGCUCAAACGCUGAACUAGGAGCAACAUUUUUUGAAAAUGAACUAGCAAAAUACCCCGUCAAAGAGUCCCUAAUUAAUCUGCCCGUCGCACCGGAUACAAGUUCCCAGGACUCUUUGUUUGAUUUUUUGGGUGAAUCAAACUGAAUUUCCCUCUAUUGAAAGGCUGUUUUGCAAAUAUCUUUGCAUUCCCGCUACGUCCGUAGAAUCCGAAAGAACUUUCAGCAAGGCGGGCCAAAUUAUUUCAGAGAGGCGAACCCGACUCAAAGAAAAA